AUGCAAAGCCUAUCGAUGUUAGCUUUAAUACUCCUCCAUCUUCCCUCCACCAAUGGUUUAUCUAAUGCACCAAAAGUUAUGGAAGAAAUCUUGCUACUCGACGAACGUAACAUUGUUACUGCGACCAAAGGCAGAAAAGAAAGGAAGUAAUUUCCUUGCCACGCCAAAUCUCAUGAUAGAUCUAUAAUUUUCACUUUUGAAGAGUAAUUAGAGAAACAAAAGUAGGAAAAAUCUGCGCGCUCUCUACUUAAAUGUUAGCGGAAUCGAAUUCGCGUACAUUGACUAGCUCGACUAACUGAUUGAUAACAUGAACACCUUUGUCGUUUAAAUUUUAUCGUUCAUUUCGUUAAACGAGGUAGUUCUAGAACAUUCUUUGGAAUCUGAUCAUCACGUAGCAGUGUUUACGAUUUUCGUCAUACCCGGAAAAAGCUUCGUGACCUUUCGAUUUCGGUUUUGUUUGGAUUAGGGAACAAGGUUCUUCAGUGAGAGAUCUUAGUGUUUUUUUUACUAGCUAGCGCCAUGACUUAGAGAGAGCAAGGCUGCAUUGUGUAAUCGCUGUCAGAAAAGACUCUCUUUGAAACAGAAAUCUUUAACAAGUGUUUAUGUUGAAUGAGUUUUUUGUUUUCUGUCACAGCUUUUCUUCUUAAAUCUUGACCCUAGUUCUCCAAACUUGUCUCUUGUAGUGCAUGUCAAUGUUUUCCAAUCUUAAAACCAUACUUGACUGUUUUAAUUUACGCAGAAUUUGUGGUUUCAUUUGUUGCAAAGUUGAUUUUGACAUCAGCAAACCGUGACUGAAUGACUGAAAACUUCCUUGUCACUCGUGAAUCCUUUGGGCUGCGAUUCAUCGACUGCUCGAUCAUUCCGUCGGUGAUCAAAAUGCUAAGCUAAAUUCACACAAACCAUGAAUAAGUAGUUUUGUAAGAGGCAGGAAAGGCAUUUUCUCUUUUUCUUUAAAUUUUGGCUGAGGUUUGACUUUCCUCCACCAGGUGAUCCCUGAAUUAAGCUGUGAUAUGGCAAGGCCUCUCCGUAUUCCAUGUACUGAACCAUUGCCGGUGUUUCCGUCUGAUGGGAAACCUUACGUAAUUCACGUCAUCAUUAAGCCUGAGGAAGGUGACCAGGAAUGUCUGCUAUUCAAACAAAAAGCGGAACAAUUGAAGAAAUGUUUAAUGAUUGAUCAGCUUCUCUCCGAAGGAAAUAGGCAAGGAACAGAUUUAGAGAAAACUGUAUGGAAGAAGCUCUUGAUGCUCGAGUUUUCGUCUUAUCCUAGGGACAAAAUUAGUAAAAUAUUAGCCAGGGAUGUCGAAUACAACGGCUCAAGGUAUUGCUUUCUAGGAUUUUCAAAGUCACAGUUAAAAGAAAAGAAAUGCUUUCUAAUCGCCGAAAACGACAUGCAAAUCCGUGAAAGAAGAGCAAUGUUUGGCAACUUAAGCAAGGACAUCUCGAUUGCUGAACGCGUAGCUAAGGUUCAAGACAUGUUUGAACCUUACGAACUAAGCUUGGAAUUAGCAGAGGGCGAGUUUAUAUUCGAAACCAAAGAUGAGAAUCCUGAAGAAAGUGGUUUUAUGGCGCCUGAACUUGCCCAAAAAAUCAAUGAAAUAGCAACACUCAAUCUAAGUAAUGAUCCCAGCGUUGUUGAAGUUAUUUGUCCGGGAUUCGCAGGUAAAAUGCUACUGUCUGACGAAAUUCUUGCCAGAACGACGGGUGACAAACAUUCCCGCGUAAAGGCCCUUUUCAAAACUUCUGCAACAUCUAAGGACCACGGCAACACACUUACACUGUGUAUUGUUGACUAUUCCAAACCAUUUGAGGUUGGCUACCUGGAUAUUUUCACUGUGAUGCUUCUGCAUUGCCAAGGUGUAGAAAGUCAAUAUCUACUGGAACUUCAAAGAGAACAUCAUAACCUUCUAAAAACACUGGAAACCGAUUUGACCUCUGCGAAGUACUUCCUUCGUGUGAAUGGAAGAAAGGAACUUUUGGCCAAAAUAGAAAACGGAAUGACUCCUGAAGCACGGGAAAUUAUUUCCAAAAUAAAGAAAAAGGAAAUUAGAAAAAUGGAGAAGAGCAUAGAUGGCCCGGAAGAGAUGAAAGUCCUUGUGAGUGAGUCGCGUGAAGUUUUAGGAGUUGUCGAUCCAGAUAAUCAGCUUCAAUGCGAUGAGUGCUUCUUUGCUCCUAACUUGGAUUGCUUGCUGUCCUAUGAAAAAAAACGUUUUGAAUCGGCAAAACAGGUUCUUGUUAUUCCGCAACCGUGCUACUCUGCGUCAGAUAUCCAAAGGUUCAAUCUUUGUCGCCGAAUUGAAGCCUACGAGAAAUUGAAAGACUGCAUUAUUUUGCCGUCGCAAACCGAAAAGCGAAUUGUCUCCAGAAAAUACAUUGUUUGCUGGGAUAAUCGCCUAGUGCAACGAUUCCAUUCAUCCGCCUGGAAUUUUUCCGAGAUUCCGAGUCAAGUUUCAAAGUUUUUCCUUGGCGUCUUUCAAUGUUCGAAUGUGAAAUCUUUCUUGUUGAGUGGUCGUUCUGAAGACACAGAAGUUAUGGUCAGCGCCGAAGCUGAAACAAGUGAAGGAAUAACGCCGUCCAUGACUUCUCUUGAGCCGCACGAAGAUGCAUCGUUUCAGAAGGAGCUGAAGAAGCAUUUCGCUGAAUUUAAAAGCAGCGAUGACUUGAUUUCAAGAGCAAAGUCACUUUUCAAAAAGUUUGCACUUCUUGAAGGAUCGACGUCAUGUUCAUUUUGCCAGAAACUCGGAAAGUAUUUAUCUCCGAAAUUUGACUGGAAAAAUGCUAAGAGAGGGAAGAUCGACAGACAGUUGAAAGAUCUUGAAAAGAAAUGCGAGAACCUGCGUUCACAGAUGGAGGAAAGCAAAGAAUCUGCAGAAGAAUCGUCUACUCAAGAUCUGAAAGGACUGUAUACAGCCAUGACUAAAAAUUUGAACCAUUUUAUCACGGACAGAACUGGAGGGCAGUGUUAA